AACCCGUGACCUCAUUAGCAUACUGACGAAAACAUCAUGGCCGAUUGAGGCGGCGAAAGGCAGUCCGUCUGGAGUAUUAUUCCUGGUUUUAAUGAAAUAGUGGCCGGUUUUAGUCCCUCUGACAACUCAAAAUGGUUUUCGAAUCUCUUGUUGUGGAACUUAUUAACAAGUUCGUUGGAGAUUAUGUGGAGAAUUUGGAUGCAUCGCAACUCAAGUUGGGCAUUUGGGGCGGAGAUGCGGUGCUGCAGAACCUGGACCUAAAGCAGAGUGCCUUGGAUGAUCUGGACCUGCCUGUAAAGAUCAAAGCUGGUCAUGUUGGAAAGUUGACAUUAAAAAUUCCCUGGAAGAAUUUGUACACAGAGCCAGUGAUAGCUCAGUUGGAUGGAAUCUAUGCAUUGGCAGUUCCCAAUGCAGGCAUCAAGUACAAUGCGGAGAAAGAGGAGAAGGCGAAGCAGGAGGCGAAGCAAAAGAAGUUGAAGCAGAUUGAGGAGAGGAAGAAGGCUGAGGCUGACAAGGACAAACCUAAGGAAGAAAAGCCAGACACGUUUGUGGAGAAAAUGGCAACUCAGGUGAUUAAGAACCUGCAGAUAAAGGUGAACAACAUCCACGUGAGAUAUGAGGACCGUUUUACAAAUCCCAAGCGUCCGUUUGCCAUCGGCAUCACUCUCCAGGAACUGCUGUUUCAGACCACAGAUGAGUCUUGGCAGCCAUGUGUCAUCAAGGAUGCUGUGACCCAAAUCUUCAAGCUGAUCCGCCUGGACUCGCUGGGUGUGUACUGGGACAGUUGCACCAAGAUGUACGACAGUCUUCCCAAGGAGGACAUUCUGAAUACCCUGAAAUCCAAUAUUGCUGCACAGAAUGCCCAGACAGAUUACCAGUACUUGGUCAAGCCCAUAUCGUCUGUAGCACAUCUCAAGCUCAAUCCCAAGCCAGAAAAGAACCAAUUCACUCUUCCGAAGAUCUUCAUGACAAUAGUGUUUGACAACAUCGCAGUAGCUCUCUCCAAACUACAGUAUGACGACAUGCUGGAGAUGUUGGAGGCAUUCGAGAGGACAGCAUUGUUGGGCCUCUAUCGCAAAUACAAACCAGAUGUGCCACUUCACAACAAUGCCAAGGCCUGGUGGCAUUAUGCCUACAAUGCUGUCCUUGAGGAGACAGUUCGACGGCGCCGACGGAUGUUCUCCUGGUCUCAUAUUAUUCAACACAGGCUGGCAAUGAAGCGAUACAGAGAGGCAUAUGUAAAGAAGCUUGACAAGGGAAAGGCUUCGGGAGAUGUUCAGAAGGCAAUCGAUGAAUGUGAGAAGCUAUUGGAUGUGUUGAGCAUCACCCUGAUGAAGCAGCAGGCUGAGGUGGAGGCUGCCAAGCUUGGGGCUCAACGCAAAGAGGAACAGGGAAGUGGUUGGUUUGGUGGCUGGUUCGGAGGAAAGAAGAAGAAAGCAACUGAAAAGCCUGGAAAUGAUAUUCAGGAGAAAUUCUAUGAGCAGUUCUCUCUGGAUGAGAAGAACAAGCUGUAUGGAGCUAUAGGCUAUGAGGAGAAUGAGUCUGAUCCUACACUGCCAAUAGAUUACAUUGCAGUCCGACUGGUUACUAAGCUGAACAAUGUCUCCGUUUCUCUCCGAGAUCCAACAAAAAAAGAUCCCCAGGUGCUCAGACUGCAGCUGAAGGAUGUGUUCACGUCUGUAGGGCAGAGACCAGCAGCCAGUGCUGUGAGUGUGGAGGCCAAGAUAGACCGACUCAGUGUAUUUGGAACCCCCCAGAACAACGCCACGCCUAAGAUGGUUACAUCUCUCGUACAGGAAGCUGAUCAAGUAUACUCACUCCUCUCCAUCAACCUGGAGACCAACCCUCUAGAUGGUCUGGCCGACACCCGGGUUAAAGUGUCCUCCAGACCUCUAGAGAUAGCAUAUGAUGCUAUUACAGUGAAUCAGCUUGGCGACUUCUUUAAACCUCCCAAAUCUGUGCGGUUGAAGCAACUCUCUCAAGCGGCUAUGGCGAAGUUUGAUGAAGUUAAGGAGCAGUCAGCCACGGGUCUACAGCACUCGAUUGAACAACACAAGUACACCGAGAUCAGCGUUGAUCUCAUGUCCUCCUACGUCCUGGUACCAGAGGGGGGUCUCAUGAAGAAAGGUGUGAAAAUGCUCCUUCUCGACCUCGGUAGCCUCAAGGUUUCCAGUGAAAAGAACCAGUCUCAGCAAAUCAAGGGCAAGAUGGACAGUCUGGAGGAGGUGAUGGCCAGGGCAUAUGACAAGUUCAACAUUCAGCUUGCACGUAUACAGCUGCUGUUCAUACAUCCAGGUGAGGACUGGCACAAGGCACGCUGGGCGGGACAGUCAGACAUGCACAUCCUUCGACCAAUAUCCAUCAAUAUCGACCUUCAGAAGUGUAUGUUUGACAAAGACCCCAGGAUGGCUAAGAUGAAGGUGGCUGGUGAGUUGCCCCUGCUUAGCUUGAGCAUCUCAGACUAUCGACUGCAGGAGAUCAUGGCGCUGGCCCAGGGCAUCCCCACUGGAGGAGGAGGAGAAGCGGCCCCUCCAGAUGAAGUAGAUGAAGAGAUAUUCAAGGGCCCCAACACGAUGGUGUCUGUGGCAGGAGACGAGGGAGCCCUGCUGAACCGAGCCUCCAAAAUACAGGUGCAACAAGGGGACAAGCCUGCAGAGAAGACGCUACAGAGGACCACAUCCCAGGAGUUCAUCAAUGCCACUGACAUGGAACUCAAGUUUGAAAUCAAGGAGAUAUUGAUCAAUGUAGCACAGAGGGAAGGUGCAACAGAGGCGCCGCUGCUGAAAUUGGUGAUCGAGUCGGUUGGCACCCAGGUGAAGAUGAGGACAUUUGACAUGGUAGUCGAGGCCUAUGUGGGCUGCCUCUACCUGCAACACCUCAAGUUCAAAGCCUCCGACACCAUGGCCCAGCAACUCUCUAAAGUCCGAGCGGUCAACGAUGGCUCCCUGAUCAACAUCAUCAACACACCGAACGGCCCCGGCUUUGGAAAGCUGCUGAUGGUGCAGUACGUCAAGGCCAACAAGGAGGGUCCUGAGUUCCUGACAACGUACAAGAACACGGAGCAGGCCAUCACUGUUGUUUUCUCAGGCCUUGAGCUGCUACUGCACCAGGGAGCCAUUAUCAGUCUCCUCGAGUUCGCACAGAAACUACAGCCACCAUCCUCCCCUGCCACAGCAAGUCAGAAGGAGCAGGAGAAGAAGGAACGGGAGAAGAAGGAACAGGAGAAGAAAGAACAGGAGAAGAAGGAACAGGAGAAGACCAAGGACAAGAAGCCCCCAAGAAAAAAGAAGGGCAUGCCAGAAGACCCAAACCUGAUUGACAUCCUGGUCAAUGCUGAGAUGAAAUCAUUUGCUGUUGCCAUCUCCUCAGAUGAGAAGCUUCUAACAGACAUCAAAAUUAAUGGUAUUGAUGCCCGGGUAGCAGUGCAGAAAGCCCAGACCACUGUGGCAGCUGUGCUGAAGGAUAUGACGAUCUACAACCCGACACCUGACACGCUGUACCCUAAGAUUCUUGGUAUUGAGGGGUCUGAGGUGCUGAAGCUGGACGUUGUUGCCUAUAAUAACGGCACGGCCGGUGACAAGUACGGCGACAUGUCAUGUAUGGACACGAAGGUGGAUGUUGCCCUGGGCUGCAUCAGAUUGGUCUUCCUCAACAGAUACGUUACAGACCUGCUGGCUUUCCUGGACAACUUCCAAGCUGCCAAGGCUAAAAUAGCGGAGGCUGGAGAGGCGAUGGCAGAGUAUUCUGCGGAUGCGGUGCAAAGUUUACAGGAGACAGCUUCCCGGAUCGGCCUUAACAUUGCCAUGAAGGCCCCACUCAUCAUUGUUCCCCAGAAGUCCACAUCCAGCAGCGUCCUCCUGGCUGACCUUGGUAAUCUGGAGAUCGCUAACUCCUUCCACCUGGCAGGCAAGAACUCCCCCAACAAUGUCCCGGCUGUAUUAGACAAGAUGAACAUUGUACUCAGCUCACUCAAACUGUCCAGGGCUGUUCUUGUCAAAACUGGUCAGGUGGAGGCGGAGGUUCUGCUGUUGGAGCCUGUGACCAUAUCUGUGUUUGUGAACCGCAACCUCUCCGCUGCCUGGUACCAUGACCAGCCAGACAUGGACCUGGGCGGCACACUGGAGGCACUCACAGUGAAGAUGAGCCAGGGAGACUUCACCAUGACGAUGAGUGUACUGAAUGAUAACUUGUCAGAGGGACAGAGCCCGGCAAAGACCUCUUCCAAGACAGAUGUUGUACCUGCAGUGGAGCCUGCUGUUCAGGCAUCCCAGACCAGCACUACAGCAGCUGCCCCUGGCAGUGCCCAGCAGACACAGGCAGUAACUGAGCCCCCUACACAACUGGUGUACACCAAGAUGAAGUUCAACUUCCAGAUCAAGUCUAUCUCUGUCACACUGUACUCAGGAGAGUCAAAGCUGACGACCGGCGUGUGUCAGCGCGAGGCCAUUAAGGCACUGGGCAAGGUUGCACUGAUGAUGUUUGCCCUGGACGGAAGCAUGAUGUCCGACACCUCUAUGGUUACCAAGGUGAUCCUCCGAGACACCAUUUUAGACGACCUGCGCCCUCAGAGUCAGAAGGGCAUAUCAAGGCUGUUGCGGAUGAUACAGAGGAGUACGACAACGUCCCGUACAUCAACACACACCGCUAACAUGAUUGAUGUCAACUUCAAGCAGAACGCCACACAGGACAAGAACAUUGAUGUGAAGAUGAGCAGCCUGCAUGUGUGUGUGUGUGUGGAGUUCCUCAUGACACUGGGCGACUUCUUCACCAAGGGCAUGCCCACCCCGCCUGCUGGCUCAACCACCACUGAUGUAGAGAAAGCACCUUCAACAACUACACCAGCUUCAACAGCCUCACCUGCCCCAGCCGCACCGGUGCCACCAACUAGUGAAAUGGUUAUCACUCUGGAAAUAGAGAAGCCUGACAUUAUCUUGGUAGAAGACCAAAAGAACACAAGCUCCAAUGCCCUUAUGCUGAAUCUGGGCCUGAUGUUCAAGUUACGCAACACCCCAGAUGUGCAGUCUAUGCAGGCAAGCAUCAAGAGACUCCAGAUCAUCUCCUGUGUCUUCAACAAGAGGGACAAACCAGGAACCGAGGUGCUCCAGCCGUGUGACAUCUCUUUCAUUAGCAGUGCGCCCUAUGGGAAGGAUCAUCAUAUGGAUAUCAACAUCACUGACUUAGUUCUCAAUAUCUCUCCAGCCAUCAUCUCAACCAUGGCUGCCAUAUCAGCCGGAUUUGCCACCAAGCCUGCAGAAGAGGAAGGUCCGAGCAGAGAGCCUGUCCCUGUUGGACUGUGGACUAUCAAGAAGGUGGAGGAGUGCAACUUCUGGUAUCUCAAGUCCAUUGAGGAGGGCCUUGCAGCAGACACAGAACCUGCCCUCACAAACGGAGAGGUUGCCGAGGAGGUCGGCAUGCAACGUGGAGAACAGUUGAUCCUGAACUUACCAUCCCUUGUGAUCAAGCUUGAAGGGGGUGUUGGCCAUAGGACGGUGCCGCUACUGAUUGUUGAGUCAGCUUUCCAGGCUGAAGUCCGUGACUGGAGCUCUAAGCUUUUGGUGGACAGCUCGCUGCUGCUGGAAGUGGCGUAUUACAAUGAGAAGCUGGCUGUGUGGGAGCCGUUGGUGGAGCCCAUUCUUGAGGAUGGAAAGCCACGCCGCUGGGAACUUGGACUCGAGGUGGUGCAGAAUGACGACCUGCCCCCACUGCCCCCAGAGGACGCCGAAGACACUGUGGUCCUUCCCCUGCCCAAGAUGAGCGUCAGCAUCAAGUCUACUGAUGCCAUGCAGCUCACCAUGUCCAAAGCCUGCCUGGAGGUGCUCACCAACCUGGGCAAGGCCUUCAAUGAUGCUUACAACUUGGUGGAGCCAUCAGCUGCCAUUGGGGAGGUCCUCACCCCCUAUGUUAUUGAGAAUUACACCGGCAUGGACAUUGUGCUCAAGCUGGACACUUCAUUUGAGACUCCGACCCAUGCAGUGAGUGGGCGUGUCAAGCUGCAGUCUGGGAAAAAGCUGCCACUGUCAGAGAAGAUUGUCGCCCAGUCAUCCACAAAGGCCUCUGUCAUCAAGGCAACGCAGGAGGGUGUGGAGAGAAAGAUAAUAUUCCUGGUGGAGGAGUUUGGAGCUACUCGAGAAGUGACGAUCAAGCGGGCAGAGAAACGCAUGUUCCAGAUCAACAAAGUGUCUCACAGCGGAGACAAGUGGGCCAUCGUCGCCAACACACAGGCACACAUUGGCCAGAAGAUUGUGGCUCUGCAGUCACUCAUACAGGUCAAGAAUCACUUAGACCAAGCAGUGGAGGUGUAUUACCGCGGAGACACACGGACUGACAGCUGUGGAGUGGCACCUCCUGGUGGCAUCUUCAACAUCCCACUGCAUGCCAUCUACUCCUCAUCCAGUGAACUCUACUUCCGACCAGUCGAAGGAUAUGACAUGUGUAAGGAGCCAUUCAGGUGGCGGGCUGCAGAGAAUGAUGGAGUGAAGCAGUGUGCGUGUCCAAGUCGACAGAGUGGACACUCAGCCUUCUACUUCAAUGUGAGCCCUGAGGUGGAGAACAUCUUCUUUGAGGCAGGCGAAGAGCCCUCCGCCAAAAGCUAUGUCCUACACCUGUACCCAACAGUCAUUCUUCACAACCUGCUGCCCUUUCCCAUCACCUACAUGUUGGAGGGGAUGGCGGAGCAGCAGACGCUACAGAAGGGGGUGAACAUCCCGCUUUUCCAUGCCAGUAUCAACGAGUCCAGCCUUGAAGUGACUCCACGCCUGGACAUUGUGAUUCCGGACUAUCAGGGCAAGGAGUGGAUUGGCCGCAGGACGCUGCAAAAGAAUGUCCCCGAGUUGUCUGUGUGGAACUUCGAGAGCCAUGAUGGAACCCAGAAGACUGCUAUGGAUCUCGGUCUGCACUGUAAGGUAAAUGAGGGCAGCUUUGACGUGACCGUGUACAGCCCGUACUGGAUGCUGAACAAGACAGGACAGUCCCUCUGUUACAAGGGGUCUGAUGCUGAUGUAGUUCUGGACCAUGCAGCUGAUAAUGAGGAUGUUGUCCUGUUCUCCUUCAAAGCCAAGACUCUCUUUGGUACCAAGAAGAAGGAGAAGGAGAAGGACGGCACACUGGAGAGGAAGGGCAAAGUGAAGGAGAUGAAGCAGAGUGGUAAAGACAAAAAGGAAGAGAGCGCUAAGUGUCCUCAGGCCAGGCAGGCCCAGCUGAAGAUCGGUGACACGGACUGGUCAGACAAGUUCUCCCUGGACACAGUGGGCAGUUCAGGCACAGUGCAGUGUAAGAGCAACAAGAGAGUGUUUGAGGUGGGUGUGAAGAUCAGCCUAACAUCGUCUGGUCUCACCAAGAUCGUAACAUUCACACCAUUCUACAUGAUGCUCAACACUGCGGAGUAUUCCAUCUUGUGUACCGAGGCCACAGAGACAGAGUCCUGGGUGGAGGUUGUUCCUGGGAAGUGUCUUCCAUUUUGGCCUGAGCAGUCAGGGAAGGAAAUGACAAUGAAAGCCAAAGUGAAGGACAGUGAUGAAAGGACGGCAGGGUUCCUCAUCAACAAGGCUCAUACCUCUCUCAUGCGCCUCAACAAUGAGUAUGGCGGUAUCAACACGGAGUGCCAGGUGACUGAGAGUGCCAUGGUGACUACCUUCAAGGCCUACAAGUCUGGCAUGGCCACUGUACAGAUUGUCAACUUUACAGACAAGAGUUCGCUCACCUUCUUUCAGAGCGGUGUGAAGAACAGUGUGCAUGAACUGGGCCCCAACCAGACCCAGCUGUAUACAUGGGAGAACUCGCUUGGCAAGAGGGAGAUGGUCUACACCUGUGGCAACAAGAAGGACGUCAAGAAUGAUCUCAGCCAGGAUGGUAUCGGGGAGUUCUUCUUCGACUCGGAUACCAAGGUUUACUGGGUGUCAUUCCUUGACGGCAUGCAAAGAGUGCUGCUGUUUACUCAAGAUCUGGCCUUGGCAACUGUUGCACAACAGGCUGGUGAGCUGGAAAGGAUAGAGCUAGAGGUGAAUAUUUGUAUACAGGGUCUCGGCCUGUCUCUUGUCAACAACUACAAUCAGACGGAAGUGGCCUUCUUGGGUAUCACCAGUUCUGGCAUCAUCUGGGAGGAGAAGCGGAAGCGUUACAAGGCCAUCAAGAUGAAGGAUGGCAUGGUACUGGAGAUGGCCUACCAGAGGCACCUGGCUGAGUUGGCUGUAGGCAAGACUCCUAAUGCCAGGAUGGUGCUGGAAAACAAGUUUGAUGUGGACUUCAGCAACAAAGAUAAGAUGAUGAUGUUUAAGCCGAACAAGCGAGAGAUCCGGCGUAGUUUUGUAGAUGGAAUCUGGCUGCAGUACAAGACAUCAGCCCACCAGCUGCAGUUCCAUGCCAAGAUCAACCGUCUGCAGCUGGACAGUCAGCUGAAGGGAGCCGUAUUCCCCACCAUACUAGCCCCAAUACCUCCACCCAAGUCGGUGGCUGCAGAGAGUGUGCCCAAGCCCUUCACAGAGAUCAGUCUGAUGCAGAGGAAACAUGAGCACAGCAAUAUUGCACAGAUCAAGUAUGCCAAGGUCCUCAUCCAGGAGUUUGCUGUAAAGGUGGACCAGGGAUUCCUCAAUGCGCUGCUGGAGCUGUUCGCCUCCGGGGAGCCAGUGUCAAGAGAGCAGGAGACGAAGGAGUUUGAGGCGGAUGUGAAGAAGACUGAUGCAAAGCUGAUGGAUGUGGUGGGCCUGUCUCUGGCCGAGGAGCAGAAGAACUUCUAUGACUACCUCCACCUCUCCCCCAUCAAGAUACACUUGAGCUUCUCCCUGCAAGGCGGCGGCGGUGAUGACAGCGGGAAGCCCACACAGCUUCACUCCAACGUCCUCAACAUCUUUAUGCAGAGUGUGGGAGUGGUGCUCACUGAUGUCCAGGAUGUAGUCUUCAAACUGGGGUACUUCGAGCGGUCCCACACCUUCUACAACCAGAGUCAGCUUGUGGGAGAGAUGACUAGACACUACGCCGGACAGGCCAUCAAGCAGAUGUACGUGCUGGUGCUGGGGCUGGAUGUACUGGGCAACCCCUUCGGCCUCCUCCGCGGGCUGUCAGAGGGAGCAGUCGAUCUCUUCUAUGAACCGUGUCAGGGUGCUAUCCAAGGACCAGAGGAGUUCGCCGAGGGCCUGGCGCUUGGUGUACGCAGCCUGUUCGGACAUGCUGUCGGUGGCGCCGCGGGAGCCGUGUCUCGGAUCACAGGGACAUUGGGUAAGGGCGUGGCGGCCCUGACUCUGGACGAUGACUACCAGAAGAAGAGGCGAGAGCAACUCAACAAGCGACCAGCUAAUGCCAGAGAGGGCUUCGCUCGUGGAGGCAAGGGGCUAGUGAUGGGUGUAUUUGAUGGUGUGACUGGCAUCGUCAGGAAACCCCUGGAGGGUGCUCAAGAAGAGGGAGCCAAGGGUUUCUUUAAAGGUAUCGGCAAGGGUCUGGUCGGUGUGGUCACAAGACCAACAAGUGGAGUCAUCGAUUUCGCCAGCAGCUCAUUUGAGGGAAUCAGAAGGAUUGCUGAAAUGUCUGAUGAAGUACGCAGACUCCGCCCGCCCCGACGCUUCCACAAUGACAAGGUGAUCCGCCCCUACAACCACCAGGAGGCAGAGGGCUACGCAAUCCUGCAGGAGACUGAGAAGGGGAAAUAUGCUGCCUCAGACGAGUACUUGGCCCACGUGGUCAUCAGUAAAGACGGGAAACUUGUGUUCCUUGUACUGGACAAGCGAAUUUUACUUGCUAAGAGAGGAGAGAUCUUCGGAUCAUGGGACUGUGACUGGACGUACACAUGGCCAGAUCUGAAAGAGGGUCCCAAGAAGACUGCACGGGGCAUUGAGAUUAUCCUCAAGGAGAAGGAGAAGAAGAAGUUUUUUGGCAGUAGUUCCUCUAAGAAGGAAGUGCCUAUCUCUGAUCCAGCCACUGCUGAGCGAAUCGUCACAAAGAUUGAAGAGGCUAUGGCCAGAAUGAAGUAAUGUGUGUAGGAGCUGUCGGAACCAAGUCCUUCUUCCUUGGCUGGAGUCCAGUGCGGCCAGGCUUGAGAGGCUGGGGAGGCUGGGGAGCCCGUACACUCCUCUGUGUUUGCAUGAAGUGCCGACCUGUACUCUCUAUGUCUGAAAGGUUGUGUCUUGUAUUCAUGACUACCGUGAAAGACAUGAUUACCUGAAAUCCGUUUGAUGAAACAAUGGCAGAUAUGAUAUUUUCAUGAUUUGGCCCCACAUGGGAUAGAGAAUAUAUAUGUCAAUAAAUGAUAUUUAUCGACACAUCAGGGUAAAGCUUGUCUGGUAAAUGCUGUAGUGCUAUCUACUUCAACUGAGUAGUGCUAAUGUCCCCUUGUUUUGAGCCAGUCUAUUUGUUCUAAACGGUCCCAUUAACCCCUAUGUUGCCAUGGAAUAGCUGUAAAAGUAAUGAAAGCCAAGAAUGUUGUAGCUGAUGGUUGUGUUCGGCUGUCUGUCAGCGACAGGUCCAUGUUUCUUUUGUUUUGAAGACUAGUCAUUGUUUAGUUGCUUGAUUUGUUAUCCCGACCCACACAAGAGUGUGUUGUGGAGUAUUCCUGUGGUAGCCCUGACAAUGCUCAGUCCUGUGUGAACAACAUGCACAUCAUGUCACAUUUCCUGUCUUGCCAAGUGUUGGGGAGAAACCUUGCAUUCUUGAAUCUGGUAGAUAAUGAAAUGUAUGUCACAGUGAUUAAAUGAAUGUAAUGGACAGGAUUCAAAGCAGUUGUUAGAACAAGUGGUGUUCUUGUGUUAUGGCCUUAUAUAACCACCCCAGCAAUAUUGUUUGUUGUGCUACAUAUGCUUGUGUUCUGCUUCACCUAUGGUGCUAUUCAUUUGCUUGUUUCCUUCUAGUCUGCCCGGAUCACACACUGUCAUGUAUCUAUGUCUACUCUGCUGUCAUUUAUUCCACAGUUUUUUGUGUGACAAGCAGUUUCAGGCAUGUAUGAAAUAUAUAUUAUGCUAUUUGGGGUGUUAAUAAUUUAGUAAAUAUUUGUACAUGAAGCGAUCAUGUACAUCUUUAUAAAAUGUAUGAAAACAUUAUAUGAAUAUAGUGUUGAAUUGAAUGAUUUUGCUGACAUUCGUCAAUAUGCAAGCUGCUGAACUCUGCCUGGCCUUACACCAGUAUUGGUGAGGGAGCCAGGGCGAGGUCACAUGGUUCAACCGACUGUUCCAGCAGUAUUCCCCCUGGUUGCUUGGCUUGGCUGGCUCUACACAGAGACACAGCCACAAGCCUCAUUCACCAGCGUUGUGGGUAAAUCACAGCUAGGUUCUGGGAGAGCUUGCACCAAGUGUAGCUAUGCAGACCAAGCAGUGCCCCUGUCUGUUGUGUGUGUGUCGUCUGCUACUCUCUAGAGUUGUGACAGGGUAUUAGCUGAACAUCAUGCAAACAUGAUUAUCUAUACAGUGUGAUGUUAUUUUAUUUCUUUUGAUAUAAUUCAAGUUUUAUGACACUUUGUUGUAAGAUUCUGUAUAUUUUAGUGGAACUGAUUUCUUGAGUUUUAUUUUCCUUUGUUGUGAUUUUAUAGUUUAAUGCUUUUGAAGGCAGCAUAUUUCCCUAUGUGAGGCAUGGUAGUGCUCCAGUAUGUCGCCCCAAUGAGACAGGUCCAGCUUCAGGCCUCAUCCAGCCUGUCACAUACUCCAUACAAGUAUUACCUUUUGGUUAUGAAGGAUUUAUUUAUGGGCAAGGUUGAACAGCAUAAUGUGUCAAUAUGUUUGCAACUUGCAGGCCUAGGUAUACCGGGGUAGUUGUGCUUCGAUAAAAUACUUGAUGAAAUCCCGAAAGGCUAUGCUUUCUGCAUUUUCAAUUUUUUUCUCCCUUUUCUGUAGUGUUGUAUUUUAUGGGAUUUAAAGGUUUCAAGUCUUAAAUGAUGUGUGAGGAGUGAUGAAAAAACUUAAUAUGUGUCAGUUGAUCUCAUUUCUAGCUGUCACAAAUAAUGACCCUACUCCUGCCCCCUGAGCUCCCUUCAACUUCUUGUUCAUGUCCCUCCCUGUAACAGGGAAUUCCCUGGGAGUACAGCCAGCUUUAGUCCAAUCCCGGUAUUUACCCCCAUCAGUGUCGGCGGCCUGCAACCUGCCUUCUAACCUUAAUAGUUCUAAUUCAGUAUGCAUGUUUAUUCAUAUCGCCUAAAGGGACUUCUGAAUAAUACCUUGUCUUUCAACUUUCCUGUUAACUUUUCUAAUUUUUUUUCUAUGUGUAGUAACUUACAAAUGUGUGUGAGCUUGUAUCGUGAGUCCCCUGAGCACACAGAAGGGCCCGUGACUGGGGCCCACAUACAGCAGCCCCAGCCCGCAUGUGCUGGGCGGGGACAUCAUAUCCCAGUACUAACUUGCAAUAUUAUGUAUAGCUUCUACUGUAGUGUAGUGGGCUGUGGUCCGUGUGGGGACAGGGAGAUGCACCUACGUGGUGGUGGCUGUAGCAUUGCUAGAGGACUGUAGUGGAGGCUUAUUAGAGCAACACAAUCCAUGGUGGUAUCAUGCACACCUAACAGUGUAAUGUGUAGUAGGUAGUAGACUGAAUGUAUUUUAAUUCAUGCCAGCAAUUUUGAAAUAAAACAGUAAAAUGUU